AUGUUUAGACGGCAUCCCAAUCUUCCAACUGUUCAGAAUUUUUACCACAUUAUUAUCAUGCUUGGACACCUUACUUUUAACGCAGAAUCUUGGAGGAUACGAAGAGAAAUGGACGAUUACGCAGACGACCUCUUUCCACCUGAAGAAUGCUAUCAUCAGUACAACCAAGAAAAUCAUUACAAAAUUUUCUCGAACUUUUUAAAUCGCAAGAACGCCACUCACUAUUCACCGAUUGCUCCUUCGUAUCAGCAAGCUCUUAUGAAACUUAAGAUGAAAGGGCUCAAACACGGAGAGCAAAUUACGAAAAGUUCCACGAAGUGCAACUCAUAUAAACAAAAGACCAUCACAGCAGACACACCUUUGCGAGAAAGAGCGCUUUGUAAAUUUGAAUAUGUUCUGAAUUACAAUCCAAAGAGGUUGCCAGCAGCACUUACAGAAGUCAAGUGUAGUUGUGCGCGACCAAACUCAAAGCUUGUAGGGAAGCGAACAUUUGAGUGUGAACAUCUGAAAUAUCAGAUUCGCGUUUUAUUAUGGGAUGAUAACUGCCAUACCUUUAGAGAACAUGUUGAAACAAUAUCGUUAGCAUGUAUACCAGUAGUACAGGCAACAGCAAAUGCUGAAAGCGCAGGAGAAGAUUUCAUAAUGGAGAUCAAAGCAGACGUACCUCUGCGAUAA